AUGCGGUUCGUCAAUCUUGUUCUUGUCACCGUUACUGCCCUCUCGGUUCCAACGUACGCUUGCAAGUGUAUUGUAAACGGCGAGCAGAAUACCCCGAGGACCCAAAGCUGUUGCGACGCAUUGGGUGGAACCUUCCAGGACGGCAAUGACUGUCAAGCUGAUUCGAUCUCGGAUGGUCUGUCGAUCUUCGAUACCUGCUGCGGCGGCGUCUCCACUACUUCCGGCUCGGACUGUGACUGCCCCGACUGUUGGGUUCACACUCCUCUUGUCCCAACCACACACUGGGCUCACACGUCGCCUGCGCCAGCCUGGGUUCAAACCGCGCACAACCCAGGAUUCUCCCUGUUGUGUUGCAACUGA